GGGGAUCUCCGACCGCAGUCUAGAUCUUACUUUCUUCCCUGAAGUACUAUUCGGUUCUUAGCUUGUGAACUGGUAAAAGGUGGUGACAUUUCAAGUGAAAAGUUCAAAGUGCGUGAUCUAAAAAUGAAGUUUCUGAUUUUGAUAGCGCUGCUGGGAUCGGCUUUUGCAUUUCCUCAACACAAUAACGAUUACGACCACCAGCAACAUCACCAGCAGCAAAAUAUCGAAAAGCGAAAUCAUGAAACCACCACAUGGAUUCCAAUUCUAAAAUACAAUAAGGAACAAGGCGAAGAUGGCAGCUAUAAAACCGAGUAUCAAACCGGCAACAACAUAGUUCACGAAGAAUCCGGCUACCUGAAGGACUUCUCCGAUGCGCACCCGAACGGAGUUCUGGUGCAGCAGGGUGCCUAUUCAUACGAGGCUCCCGACGGUCAGAUUAUUCAAGUGCAGUACACCGCCGACGAGAAGGGAUUCCGUGUGACCGGUGACCACCUACCCACCGAACCACCAAUCCCGGAAGGCAUUCGCAAGGGUCUGGAGGAGAUCUACGCUGGUAUCAAGCGCCGCGAGCAGGAGGCAAAGUCCAACCCGAAGUACGCGGAAACGGCUGCACAGCGGGCGGAACUCGAUUACAACGGACAGUACUACCACCAGUGAGCGGGGGUAGAUUUUAGACUUAGAGAGUAUUCGUGUGUGUAUUUAUAUUAGAAUUAACUGAAGCUGGAAUGCUUACUAACUUAGUGACGACUCAUGUUAAAUGUUGGUUUCUUGUUAAGGCUCAUGCGUCGAGCGUGGCAGCAAGAACGACUUUUGUAAAAAGAAGACUGUGAUUUCCUUUCUUCAGCGUAUUGCGGGUAAUUAUUCACGAAAGAGUCGAAUAGCUAAUCCGUAAGCGAUGGAAUACAUUUUGAUUCGCUAUA